UGCCAACACUUCUGAAGUAAUAGUUCUGUGAAUGAGUGUACUUCCGACAGUUCGAGUUCGACGCUUUGGCCGUCCUGGGACUGGGCCGUCUACAUUGCACUGUGAGUGUGAGAUCGAGAGCGUAGCGCGAGCGGCGUUUUAUCCUGUAUUUUCCGUCUUGCCUCUUCGAGCUCCGUCCAGUCGAUAAAAUUCUUUUUCCAGUUCAACGGGCCAGUGGCUACUGAGCCGAGAAUCACACACAAAUAGCAACACUUGAUGUCGUGUGCGGCGGCGUUGUGCCGAAGUGACUCUCCUGCGCUGCAGCUGUAUCUGUUGGCCUAGCAUCAUCCCUAUCUUGAUUUGUGUUGCUGCUGCUGCGGCUGCUGCUGCUGGUGCUGCUGCUGGGCGAUCGGCAAUGAUCUGCCAUUGAUUCACUCAAGGCGCUGUUGCAAGAAGCAACGAACGCUCUCGUCGCACCUGGUCUGCAGGAGAAGCUCUGAGAUAUUGUGUGCUGACAGUGGUUUCUGUCAUCGUGGUUCGCAACGAACUUGCUAUUCUAUAUUCCAUGACAGUGGAGAAUACCAGAAACCUGCCUUUGACGCCGCUGGGCUUUCUGGAGCUGUCGGUGUCCAAAAUUAACUGACUUUUGCGUUUCGUAGUGCGCAAGAGCCCACCAUGAUGUCGUCGCUGAUGCACCUGUCCAUGGCAGUGCUCUCCCUUCUCCUCGCCACAGUACGGUGUCAACAACUUCAAGCAGAUUUCUACUAUGGCACGACUGUGGUGGACAUCAACACGAAACUUGUUAAUGGCAGCUUCUUGGACUUGAACGCCUUGUCGCGACCAGUGCUGGCGUGUAAGACCAGCGUGGCGAGUACUAAUCUGCACAUGACGCAUAACACUGCGCGAGUAACUGCCGUUUCAGGCCGGUUAGGUAUACCCAAUGGAGGUGACACCUUGUUUAUAGUGGCGUUUGAGAACGUCACUGGAGCGGACGGUGGUCAGUAUGCAUGUCACGUGAAUAACGUCAGAACAGCCGUCAUCAAUCUGAGAGUGAAACCGUUUGUCAGAGUAUUCCCCAAUGAUCUGAUACUCAACACUACAUCCGCAGGACGUUUGACCUGCGUUUCCGAAGGCUAUCCACCACCGGUUCAGCAAUGGCGAAUACCUUUCGUCACGGUAGAUCGUCCAGACUUCAAUUUUUACCAUGAACUACCCGGCUUUCGGAGAAUCAACUGCACAGCCUCCAAUGCUGCUGGUUCAACGACAGUUGUUGCAAGAUUCUUGUCCUAUUCGCCGUUAACACCGAUUGUGCCGUACCCACCCACUGUCAACGUUCCCUACCGACGCCACUUCGUACUGCCCUGUGAGGUGACAGGCUACCCCACUCCCCUGGUCUAUAGCUGGUUCGAGGUCAGCCCGGACAUGUCCACCACGCCAGUGGCGAGCAGCCUCAUACUUGCUAACAACAGCUUGUCGCUGACGCCGGCCCAGACCUCUCUUCCGAAGACCUACCGUUGUAUGGUGCGCAGCAUGCUGCCGUGGGACCCAAGCACGGAUGCCCAAGCACCGCUCGCCAUUGACCGCACAACAAACCCUGUGUCUGCACCGCUGAUCACCCAGUAUAUUGACAUAGUAACUGCAUUGACACCGUUUGUGACGGUGCGGUGCUUCACGACCGGUGCACCAGCUCCACGGGUGACGCUGCUGCGCAACGACCAGGAAGUCGUCAAAGUCACUGGUCCGCCCGGUGGUUUCAGCAUCUCAAUACUGAAUUCAGAAACCACCACCAGUGUGCUCCAAGUGACCCAACGCACCGCUCAGUACUCUAUGGCCUCGGCAGAGCGAGCAUCAGGUAUCUACACAUGUAUUGCAAACAACUCUAUUGGCGAAGCAGCGAUGAGAGCAAUCGAAGUAACUGUCACAGAUCCACUUCAGUUCCGGGAGCAGCCGACUAGCUCUAACACACUCGUCGGUCAGACGUUGUCGCUGGUUUGCAAUACUACUGGAUACCCACCGGCCGUGUAUACCUGGUUCCACAACAGUACUCUGAUGCCAGGAGCCACUGGAUCCUUGCUGACUGUGCCUAGCGCCGGCAUCAGCAGCUCUGGAACGUAUUACUGUACAGCUCUAUCGACGUCCGAGUACUCUUCCAAGACGUUUGGCUCAGUGUUGACGUCCACUACGGCCAAUGUUGCUGUGAUGCUUCCCGCCCGAGUCACUGGCCUCACUGCCAAUCCGACUGUGAUGGUAGAACUUGGGGGCUCCGUCAACAUCACUUGUAACGCUGAAGGUCACCCGCCCCCGACCAUAUCUUUCCUGAUGAACAAUGCAACCAUCGCGCCAUCCUCUACAUACCUUAUUACUCAAAUAUCAACGUUCUCGCAGACCUUAAGCAUCAUGUCGGCGGGCAUACCGCAGCAGGGUGUUUACGCGUGCAAUGCCAGCAACGUGGCUGGCUCGGAUGCAAGAGCUGUUGAGAUCAGCGUGCCAAGGAAGCCGGAAUUCGUGUUGCCUAUUCCGCACCUGCAUGCCGUUCCCCUUGGUGGUGUUUUGAGUCUGCUCUGCAAUGUAUCUGGCCAUCCCCGGCCCAAUGUGACGUGGCUACACUCCGGACGAAUACUAUCACAGCAGAUUGGUUCCUCCACUCUCCGUAUUUCCCCCGUGAGCGGAGAUAACGCCGGUGUGUACACAUGUCGUGCAAGUAACCCCUCCGGCACCGCGUCCAAUUCCACAAUAGUCGAUGUUCAAGAGGCUCCAGUCAUCACUACUGCGCUGGAGGACGUUGCAGUGCAGCUCGAGGGAGCAGCACGGCGGACAUGUGUGUGCCGGGGAGAGCCGCAACCGACUCUUCAGUGGUAUCACAACGGCGUACUGGUGCAGUCUAAUCCAAGCGUCGAGAUUCAGACUGACACUAGUGUAGAGGAUACUGUCUCCAGCACGCUGACGGUGCUGAGAGUCACGGCAGCAGACUAUGGUCAUGUACGGUGUACCUUUACGAACCGAUGGGGUAUGGCAACGUCGAAUGCGUCCCUGCAGAGACUUUUUGCUCCACCGGCAGUGGUGUUUGGAUCACUCAGUGCCAGCAAUACCACAACCGGCCCGGUCGAGUCGAGUAUUGUGCUGAGUUGGUCAGUACCAGACACGAAUAGCCUGACUCAGCCCAUCGACAAUUUCACCGUGGAGUACUGGCUGAACGGUUCUUCGUCAGAGCCAAACAUGGCCUCGACUGUUGUACCACCUAUUGAGCUCAGCAAUCUUUUACCUGGUGAGGUCUAUUUCUGGAGAGUGCGAGCAGAGAAUCAGGCAGGAUCCAGUAGCUACUCUGCUGUGGAAACAUUCAAGACUGCUGAAAGACCUCUGGAUCAGAAGAGCCUUAUGUUCUAUGGCGAGAUCUGGUUCUACGCCUCUUGCGGUGGUGGCGGAGCCUUGCUUCUAGUGCUCAUCAUCGUCCUGCUUUGCUGCGUGUGCAAGAAAAAGGAAGAUCCAGACAUCUUUGAUCCGGACGCGCCGAGCCUGAAGAACGACACGCGGUCCACUGGGGCUGCUGACUCUCAGCUUGCUUUUCGCACGGAUCACAUGGCCUUACACCAGACUAGUAGCACGACGACUACCAGCGGUGACUUCGGCGUACCUCCGGUACCAGAUCCAGUGCACCUGGCUCAGUUGCCACCCACUGUACCCGCCGCCGAGUACCAGCAUGCGUAUGCGUUGAAGCCGCCUUCCAAGCACGUGUACCAGCGCCCGACCAACGGCAAUGCGGCUUUAGAUGGCAAUAAUGGAUAUGCGGAGCACUUCCAGUUCCGAAAAGGAUCGUCAAUGAGCAAGAGAGACCGUUUAAAUUAUACUACUGACAGCAGCACUAAUGUCAGUAUUUCGGACACUAUCCUGCAAUACCAGGAAAACUCAUCUGUGUGAUUGUCCCGACCUAACUCAAGCUGUACCAGUUCUGCCCGCUAUGCUCUGUUUCACAGGAAAGGAGACAUUUUGAAUAGUGAUAAUGUACAUCGAAUUGAGCGCCUUAUCGCCUUCCGUGCACUUAGUACCACUUCCACUUAGCUUGAAGGCGUGGGAUUCUAGUGUAUAUUUGCUGAAAAUCUAGUUAGAUUUAUGCAACAGUUUGCCUCUCCGCUGUAGCCCCGCAUGAUUUCCGCACAGUCUUGCACUUCAACGACACUGAUCCAUGUCCAACUUUCUCGGCUUCGUAGCACUGUUUAGAAGUGACACAGACUCUAGUAACCGAGCCACACCCGUCAUCAUGCUCACAAGGGAUCUUGUUACCGCUGCAAUGCUGUGGCAUUACGUUUAUCCAACCACCUAGCUACCAACGAUAGCAAAACUAACAACUAGUCCUAGCGAAAUAUAUAUUUUUGUCUACAUAGCGAUUUGUAUUGGCCAUGAUAACCGUGAAUGUGCCGGCAUGUACUUUUUUUUUUUUUUUAGAUCAAGUUGACCGUUUCUAUUCUACCCUACUUGGUCCAUGCAUCAUGUAGAUCUCCUGUGCAGGAUUAAAAAAAAAUAUAUAUAUAUAUAUAUAAUUUUUUUCCUGUCAGCAUGUCUAGAAUUUCUACGUUGAUUUCAUUGUGCAUGCUAUUUUUGGUUUAGCCGGCCUGCUUGAGGUGUUAUCAAUAAGUUUGCAUUUCUGUCCAGCUGUCCAGCGCAUAGCCAUAGGCCAUCACCGUGAGUUGUGUAUUGGUCAUUGGCACAGUGUUUGGUUUGGUCGAUUUCCGCCUUUUUUUUCUCGUCAACACUGUGACGGAUAAAAAAUAUACAAUGCACACGGUUA